AACUGCUUUUGCAAUGGAUGUUCGGUGGCAGGGUCACGAUGAAGAAGCUGUUGUGGAUAUGGGCAAAAUCAGCUCUACUAUCAACACAAACUUUGAAAAGGAAGAACUAGAGAGCCACAGAGCUGUCUAUAUCGGCGUUCACGUGCCCCUUGGCAAGCAGGGCCGUCGUCGGCACAGGCAUCGUGGGCACAGGCACCACAGGAGAAAAAAAGAAAAAGAAACUGACAGAGAGGAUGGUCGAGAAUCUCCGUCUUACGACACACCAUCCCAACGAGUGCAGUUUAUCCUGGGUACUGAAGAUGAUGAUGAACAUAUUCCCCAUGAUCUCUUUACUGAAAUGGAUGAACUUUGCUUCAGAGAUGGAGAAGAAUAUGAAUGGAAAGAAACUGCUAGAUGGCUAAAAUUUGAAGAGGAUGUUGAAGAUGGUGGCGAUCGAUGGAGCAAGCCUUACGUAGCAACUCUGUCUCUGCACAGCCUCUUUGAGCUGCGAAGCUGUAUUCUUAAUGGCACGGUCAUGUUGGACAUGAGAGCAAACACACUAGAUGAGAUAGCAGAUAUGGUUUUGGACAACAUGAUUGCCUCUGGCCAACUGGAUGAAUCCAUAAGAGAGAAUGUAAGAGAAGCUCUUCUCAAAAGACACCAUCACCAGAAUGAGAAAAAAUUCAGCAAUCGGAUCCCCCUCGUUCGAUCUUUUGCAGAUAUAGGCAAGAAACAUUCUGACCCUCACUUGCUUGAACGAAACGGGGAAGGCCUCUCAGCCUCCCGCCACUCUUUGCGAACAGGUCUCUCUGCCUCAAAUAUUUCCCUGAGAGGAGAAAACCGUUUGUCUCUUCUUCUCAAUUACCUUCUUCCUUCUUCGAGAGCUGGGACCCCGGCAGCCUCCAGGUGCACAACCCCCGUUCCUACCCCUCAAAACACACCACCCGCCAGCCCUACCCUCCGCCACCCGCCAAGCUCGAGCGCCCAGCCCGGCCCGCCUCAGGGCGAGGAGCUGCUGGUGCCCUCCGCCAGUGACGAUAUUCCUUCAGUAAUAAUCCACCCACCCGAGGAGGACUUAGAAGUGCAGGAAGAGAAGACAGAGGAGAAUAUUGACAAAACACCAGGACUCCUAGCAUCUCCACAGUCAGCACCUGGAAAUCUAGACACUGGGAAAUGUGGAGAUGCUAAAGGUACUGGAACAGGAGGAAGCAGAGAAAACAGCACCGUUGAUUUUAGUAAGGUUGAUAUGAACUUCAUGAGGAAAAUUCCUUCAGGAGCAGAAGCAUCAAAUGUGUUAGUGGGAGAAGUAGAUUUUUUAGAAAGACCUAUUAUUGCAUUUGUGAGGCUCUCCCCUGCUGUCCUUCUCUCAGGUCUCACAGAGGUUCCAGUUCCUACACGAUUUUUGUUUUUGUUGCUGGGACCAGCAGGCAAAGCACCACAGUACCAUGAAAUUGGAAGAUCAAUAGCUACGCUUAUGACAGAUGAUGUUUUCCAUGAUGUUGCUUACAAAGCUAAAGACCGAAACGAUUUAUUAUCAGGAAUUGAUGAGUUUUUAGACCAAGUGACAGUCUUGCCACCAGGAGAAUGGGAUCCAUCUAUACGAAUUGAGCCGCCAAAGAGUGUUCCUUCCCAGGAGAAAAGGAAGAUCCCUAAGUUUCCAAAUGGAUCUACUCCUACAGGAGAGACUCUCAAAGAAGAAGGCCAUCAUGCUGGACCUGAGCUUGAGAGAACUGGAAGGCUUUUUGGUGGUUUGAUACUUGACAUCAAAAGGAAAGCACCUUUUUUCUUGAGUGACUUCAAGGAUGCAUUAAGCCUGCAGUGCCUGGCCUCGAUUCUUUUCCUAUACUGUGCCUGUAUGUCUCCUGUAAUCACUUUUGGAGGGCUCCUGGGAGAAGCUACACAAGGCAGAAUAAGUGCAAUAGAGUCUCUCUUUGGAGCCUCGUUAACUGGGAUUGCCUAUUCUCUCUUUGCUGGGCAACCUCUUACUAUUUUGGGGAGCACCGGACCAGUUCUAGUAUUUGAAAAAAUAUUAUUUAAAUUUUGCAGAGACUAUAAGCUUUCCUACCUCUCCCUACGAACUAGCAUUGGUCUGUGGACAGCAUUUUUAUGCAUAGUACUUGUAGCAACAGACGCCAGCAGCCUUGUGUGUUACAUCACUCGCUUUACUGAGGAAGCUUUUGCAGCACUUAUAUGCAUCAUAUUUAUUUAUGAGGCAUUGGAAAAGCUUUUUCAUUUGGGAGAGCUGUAUGCCUUCAAUAUGCACAGUGAUUUGGAUAAACUGACUUUGUAUUCGUGCGUAUGUUCUAAGCCUCAGAAUCCUAGCAAUGAAACUUUACAGAUUUGGGGAAAGAAGAAUAAGUCUGUGGAAACUAUUGCGUGGAGUAACCUUACAGUGUCUGAAUGUUUAGAAUUUCAUGGUGUCUUUCGUGGAUCAGCUUGUGGUCAUCAUGGACCAUAUAUUCCAGAUGUUCUCUUCUGGUCUGUCAUAUUAUUCUUUACAACAUUUUUCCUCUCCUCUUUUCUUAAGCAGUUCAAGACCAAACGCUAUUUCCCAACUAAGGUGCGCUCGACCAUCAGUGACUUUGCAGUAUUUCUGACAAUAGUAAUCAUGGUUUUGAUUGACUAUCUUGUAGGAGUACCUUCUCCUAAGCUUCAUGUUCCAGAGAAAUUCGAACCAACUCGGAAAGACCGAGGAUGGUUCAUAGAUCCUCUUGGAGACAAUCCUUGGUGGACACUCUUGAUAGCUGCUAUUCCUGCUUUGCUUUGUACCAUUCUCAUUUUCAUGGAUCAGCAAAUUACAGCUGUUAUUAUAAACAGAAAAGAGCAUAAACUGAAGAAAGGCUGUGGUUAUCAUCUUGAUCUGCUCAUGGUUGGUGUUAUGUUGGGUAUAUGUUCUGUCAUGGGCUUACCAUGGUUUGUCGCUGCAACUGUCCUGUCCAUAAGUCAUGUUAACAGCCUGAAAGUAGAGUCGGAAUGUUCUGCCCCAGGAGAACAGCCGAAGUUUUUGGGAAUCCGUGAGCAGCGAGUGACAGGAUUGAUGAUUUUUGUUCUGAUGGGACUGUCAGUGUUCAUGACCUCUGUGUUAAAGUUUAUUCCGAUGCCUGUUUUGUAUGGUGUCUUUCUUUACAUGGGAGUAUCUUCAUUGAAAGGCAUUCAGUUCUUCGACCGUAUAAAGCUGUUUGGAAUGCCUGCCAAACAUCAACCUGACCUGAUAUAUCUACGCUACGUGCCACUCUGGAAGGUCCACAUCUUUACAGUCAUUCAGCUCACUUGUCUAGUUUUGUUGUGGGUGAUCAAAGCCUCUGCAGCUGCUGUUGUUUUCCCUAUGAUGGUUCUAGCAUUAGUGUUCAUUCGCAAGCUCAUGGAUUUAUGCUUCACCAAGAGAGAGCUUAGCUGGCUUGAUGAUCUCAUGCCAGAAAGUAAAAAGAAGAAAGAAGAUGACAAAAAGAAAAAGGAAAAAGCAGAAGCAGAGAGAAUGCUUCAGACAGGGGAUAGUGAAAGUGUACAUCUUCGGUAUGAAGAAGCAAAUGUCUUGGAUUUUCCUGUAAAAACCCUAAAAUACAGCGUUGAUCCUUCAGUUGUAAACAUAUCAGACGAAAUGGCCAAAACUGCACAAUGGAAGGCUCUUGCCAUGAGUACUGAGAAUGCCAAAGUAACCAGAGCUAACCUGAGCUCUGAGAAGCCAGAAAGUGUGAAAAUAAACAUGGAAGAUGCACCUGUGGUGAAAUACGUGGAUGCUGAAACAUCGUUAUAGAACUGAAGCAAGGGGAAUUUUGUGUAUUUGUGUGCGUGUAUAUGUGUGUAUAUAUAUAUUAUCACUGUAGGAUAUCAUACCUUUGAAGUGUGAUUUCCAAGUUUAAGGAGUAACAUAUAUUUAAUUCUGCCAUUGUUUAGGGCACUGUAGAUAUGCUUGCAUACCAAGAAGAUUUUCCUACAAAUAAGAUGAGUGGUAAUCACACUUCAGAUAUUUAUUUUAUUGGAAAUUUUAUUUUCAUUUUUAAAUAGGAAGUUAUUCUUUUCAAUAAUCAUUAUGUGCGUAAAUCAGCUUUUGCUGAUGAUUGCUGGUCCAUGUUGCUUUGAAUUUUGCAAUACCUCUGUGUUUAUAAUGUGUGUUACAGAAGUUUAUUUUCCAUGCAGACAGUUACUGCGUGUUUUUUGCAGGGUAAGCACGUUUUUUGUGAUUUCGUAGAAUGAAUAUUAAUGUGCUGUUAACAUGAACUACUGUGUUUUAUGUCUCCACUACAUGCUAAUAUUUUUUUGAUUCUGUCACUCCUGGCCUAGAGCUCUUAAGUUGAGUGAUUAAUCCUUAGAAUAUGUACAAGUAUCCUGAUGUUCUGAAACUUUUUUUCUGUCUUAAUCCACCCUUGAUUUUAAAUAUCCUGCUCUGUUAUCUAUUUUUUUUUCUUAAUCCACUAUUGAUUCCUCUCCCCUGCCCCGAUUUAUCACCCAAUAGUAGUAUGGUUGCAGUAACUGUAGUUAAAGCCCCAAGUCAGUAUUUGCUGUUCUGCAAACUACAUACUUAAAAAACAUAAAUUGAUGAAUUGGAUUUAAAGACAGAAAUUCAGCAUAUAGGAAUUUACACAUACUUACUACGCUAAUAGUCUUGAAUUCUUUCCUUCCUGUUUUUAUUUAUAUUUUUCCACUGACUUUAAAAGUUUGAUUUGGUCAACUGCAAGUCUGAAACUUCAGAGUAUUUCAUUUCCUCAAGAUACCUUUCUUGCUUUAUUCGUUUUUAAGCUUACUGUGUAUUUCAUUAAAAUGAGCUGUAGUUGGUUAUAAUUCUGUAAUAGGCUUAUGACCA